UUGACACGAAUUUGCACGAACUUGCUCAAAUGUUAAGUUAUACAAAUUGAGAUUUCCCACUCUAUCUCUUCACAAUUCUAUUAUAAAUUAUAUGAAUACUAUGAUUUUCAAAUAUGUCCGAGGUAUUAGGACGAAAAGGAAGAAUCAUAAUAUUUAGUAUUCCAUUGAAAGAUUUAUAUACAUUAAUUGUUAAAUUGAAACAAUAAAUUUUUAUUAAUACAUGAAUAAAUCAGUCGAAAUCAACUAAUGGAAACAUAAUAAUAAACACAAGUGCCUCAAAUCUAAAUCUUCUAAAUACGAAAUUUGACAAAAGUUGAUCUAUACAAAAUUAAAAUAAUAAAUAUUGUGUAUAGAUACUUACCUUUUUCAUAAGAUCUUAUUCUGCAAUGAAAAUAGACUGAUAUUAUACAAGAUAUAUUACUCUUUAAUAAUAAUCAUCGAAAUGUUAUAUCUUAAUAAUGAUAAUUAAUUUUUGGUAACUUCAUCAAGUACAUGUUCUUUAUGUACAAACAAUAUUAAUGCAAAUGAUUAAAUUUAUUUGCCCGCAAUAUUAUUAUUACAAUUAAAGUGAUUAUUGAUAUUAUUUAAAAAUUGAUUGAUACAAGAUUAUCAUAAUGAAUCCCUUAUUUAAAAUCCUUUUCUUAAAUUGUUGGAGCAAUAUUUAUUUGAUAAUUGGAAUAUGUAUGGGUUUAAGUCUCAGUUUGUUUCUGAUACCAGUUAAUGAUUUUGAAAAUGAAGGAAAAAUGGAAUAUUCAUUUCAAUUAUCAAAUGCGCAUGAGGCUAAUGACGAAUAUGAACCUAAAGUAAAUAUAGCUAAUAAACCAUUGCAAGCACGAAAGAUACCAAAAAUGUUUGUACGUCCAAGAUAUUAUUCUACAGAACUUGGAAUUAGAGAAAAGCUUUUUGUGGGAAUAAUAACUAGUCGAAUGUAUUUGCAUAGUAGAGAUAUUGCAAUCAAUAAGACAAUUGCACAUUUAGUGGACAAAGUACGUUAUUUUAUCUCAAUACCAGAGGGUGUAAAACCUAACGUAUCUCUUCCUGGUAUAGUAGGUUUUACAGAUACCAGAAGUAUUUUAAAGCCAUUUCAUGUCAUGAAAUAUAUUACUGAUAAUUAUUUAGAAGAUUAUGACUAUUAUUUUCUUAUUAAAGAUAUUAGCUACAUUAAUGCAAGAAAGUUGAUUAACUUUGUAUCUAAAAUUAGUGUGAGUCAAGAUGUUCAUGUGGGUAUACCAACUGAUAUACAAACCUACUGUUCUCUAGAUUCUGGUAUCCUUCUAAGUAAUUCAAUAAUUCAAGAAAUUAAAACAAAUUUAGAUUGGUGCGUACAAAAUACAUACUCAGAUAUAGAUGAUAUUAAUUUUGGACGUUGUAUUGUGCAUUCUUCAUCACUUCCUUGUACAAACCAAAUGCAAGGGCAGACAUUCUUAUCAAUAAAGUUAAACUCUGCAUUUAACUUUAAACAAGAUUUAUCAAAAUUACUUCUGCAAGAAAAUUUUUUAAAUUCACUCACUAUUCAUCCUAUUUAUGACCAUCUCAAUUUCUACCGUUUUCAUAUGUACAUAACAGUGAUGAAAUCCAUUGAUGGCCAACAAAAGAUUUUUGAUUUGCGUAAUGCUAUUUUACAAACUAAGCAUUUAGCACCAGUACAUGAACAUAAUAUAUCAUGGCCUAUUGGCAAUCGACCAGGAAACAAGCCUUUAACACGUUUUGAUGUUUUACAUUGGACAUAUUUUAAUGAAACACAUACUUUUUUUGAGACUGACUUUUUAAACAUACGAAAGUUAAAAGCAGAUGCAAAAUUUGAUAUAGAUCAUAUAAUAAAUACAAUUACUAAUAAAAUAAUUAUGGAAUAUGAUCAAAGGCUAGUGUUUCAAAAAUUAAUAAAUGGUUAUAAGAGAUUUGAUGCAUCUAGAGGAAUGGAUUAUAUUUUUGAUCUUUCUUUUAUUGAAGUAACUACUGGAAAAGAAUUAUAUAAGAGAGUGGAAGUAUGCAAGCCAUUAGGAAAAGUUGAAGUUUUAUCAGUCCCAUAUGUAACAGAAAAUACAAGAAUUAAUAUGAUAUUAGUUGUAAAUACAAACAAUAAAGAAGAUGUGUUAACUUUUAUGGAAUAUUAUGAAGAGAAUUGUAUGCAAAAGAAAUAUAAAACUUUCCUUUUAUUGGUCCUCUUAUACAAUGUUGAAUCACCAUCAAAAGGGCAAGCCGAUAUAUUUUAUGGUAUUAAAAAAUAUGCUUUAAUGCUUUCAGAGAAAUAUAAAAAGGAACAGUCCAAGGUUACAUGGCAUUCAAUUCGUUUACCAAUCAUUAUAAAUGCUAUUGAAAUAGAUCCUAUGCUUAAAAUUGCUAUUACAGAUUUAUGUAUUAAAAAAUUCUCUCCUGAAAGUUUAAUUCUCUUUGUUGAAACUGGUAUGGAUUUGAAAUUAGAUUAUUUAAAUAGGGUUCGUAUGAAUACUAUAAAUCAAUAUCAAAUAUUUAGUCCAAUUCCAUUUGUUGCAUAUCAUCCUGACAUAACAUAUAACGAUGAUAAUAAACAUAUUGAAGUGGACGUUAAUCAUAAUUAUGGAAGAUACGAUGAAUAUAAUUACAAUAACAUUGCGUUUUAUGUUAAAGAUUACAUUGCAAUGAGAAAAGCUGUUGAAACGAGUAUUUCGUUAGCACGUUCUGAUAAAGAUAUCGCUACUCUUUUGGAGCUUUCAAAACAUAAUCCAAUUACUUCUAUAUUUGACAUGUUUGUAUCUUUUAGUGACAUACAUACACUUCGUGCGGUAGAACCGGCAUUGAAGAUAAAAUAUAAAGAUAUACGGUGUAUUAGUACUCUUAACAAUGAUACUUACACAAUGUGUGUUAAACAAAAAAAUAUUCAUUUGGGUCAGCGUAGUCAGCUUGCUAAGCUUAUAUUGGAUUACAAAAAUUAUCAAAAUUAAUUUUAUUAUAUUUAGUUGUUAUCACAACUA